AAACCCCCCCUAGAUUGGUGGUCAGUGAAGAAACCUCCCUUAGAUUGGUGGUCAGUGAAGAAACCUCCCUUAGAUUGGUGGUCAGUGAAGAAACCUCCCUUAGAUUGGUGGUCAGUGAAGAAACCUCCCUUAGAUUGGUGGUCAGUGAAGAAACCUCCCUUAGAUUGGUGGUCAGUGAAGAAACCUCCCUUAGAUUGGUGGUCAGUGGAGAAACCUCCCUUAGAUUGGUGGUCAGUGGAGAAACCUCCCUUAGAUUGGUGGUCAGUGAAGAAACCUCCCUUAGAUUGGUGGUCAGUGAAGAAACCUCCCUUAGAUUGGUGGUCAGUGAAGAAACCUCCCUUAGAUUGGUGGUCAGUGAAGAAACCUCCCUUAGAUUGGUGGUCAGUGGAGAAACCUCCCUUAGAUUGGUGGUCAGUGAAGAAACCUCCCUUAGAUUGGUGGUCAGUGGAGAAACCUCCCUUAGAUUGGUGGUCAGUGAAGAAACCUCCCUUAGAUUGGUGGUCAGUGGAGAAACCUCCCUUAGAUUGGUGGUCAGUGGAGAAACCUCCCUUAGAUUGGUGGUCAGUGAAGAAACCUCCCUUAGAUUGGUGGUCAGUGAAGAAACCUCCCUUAGAUUGGUGGUCAGUGAAGAAACCUCCCUUAGAUUGGUGGUCAGUGAAGAAACCUCCCUUAGAUUGGUGGUCAGUGAAGAAACCUCCCUUAGAUUGGUGGUCAGUGGAGAAACCUCCCUUAGAUUGGUGGUCAGUGAAGAAACCUCCCUUAGAUUGGUGGUCAGUGAAGAAACCUCCCUUAGAUUGCAGGAAUGCACUGGACCUGCUAGCACUGAUGUGA